ACGCAUUAGUUUGCCUGUUCACCGUUUCCGGUGAAUCAAGAAAAUUGUAAACGCUAAAAACGUAAAAUAAGAAAACUAAUCACAUAUAUAAUGAAUUGACGUUCUAUUGAACAGUACCUAGUGUCUUGUAGAAAUUAUAAAACAACAACAUGGAAAAAGAAGACAAUCAUGGAUAUUCUGGGCAAAAACAGCAAUGUCUAUCAGAACACAGAACAAGAACAUCAAUAGAGAAUAGGUUAGAAGGAGAUGCCAAUAAUCUUCAAGCUGAGCAGUGCCUGGACAAGUUGUAUGCUGGGCUGCUGGAGCCCUUGGUAGAAAAGCCAACAGCCAAAUACAUUGCUGACACUGCUCAACAGCUUGUGGCCGACCUGAAUGACAAAAGAAAAACUGACAGUCAGCUGUUGGAGAGUUUUAGGCAGUCAUUGGAGCAGGAGACCGCGCGGAUGUUCAAGACUGUACAGCAGCAGAUGUACCAAUCAUACGAGGUCCAGAGUGCCCUGGUGGACCAGAAACUCCAAGAGCUGUUUGCCUGCCUUGACAAGAUAUCGGCCACCGAGGCAGAGCUGCAAACAUUUAGGCAGUCCCUGAAAAAUCUCUUUCAAGAGAUGCAUGCAGCGACUUCCCCUGAGCUUUCUCAAUAAAUGUGCAUCUGGAUAGAUAAAGUACCAGUUCACUUUGAUGUACAGCUGUAUAGCUGAAAGGGUGUGUUAAAGAGGAACUAUAACACCUCCAUUGCAAUCAAUAUUAGAUAUUGAAAGAGAGAUUUAUUGCCCAAGUACACAUCAAGACUAAGGUGUGUUAUGUUGUACAGAGUAACAUCUUGUUGAUUCUGAUAACGUUUGUUACAAAGCACAUUGAUAACAUGUUAUAUUCCAUUAAAAUGUAAUGUGAACAUGAACUGCAUGGACAUUGUCACUGUAAUAAAUCUUUCUUUUUUUGUUCCACAAAA